AUGUGUUUGAUCAGAGUUGAUCAUUUACCUCUUGAUGUUAUUACCGGUUCAAUAGGAUCAUCUUCUAUCAUUCAAAUAAAAUCACCGACUACUGCUGUGAGUACUAAGGAUUCCCAUGUGGUGCAAAAUAUUGAACCAACUACAUUGUCAUCUGCUGGAAAUUAUUCAUCAGAAUCAACAUCAGUUCAAAUUAUCGAAUAUAUCAAUUUUGCUCCCGUGGCGUCGAAUGAAGUUUCAAUCGAAAAUUUACCUGAUGCAUCAACAAUAUCACCCUUAUCAGCAGCUACAAAGAUUCACGAAUCUAAAACGUGUGAGAAAGAGAAUCGAAAUGUUCAUACACCUAUCUCAAAGAGACGCUCCAUUCCACUUCUACCAUCGUCAUCGAAUAAACUUUCUCCAGCUGAUCGUUUAUCUAAUAUUGAAUGUUCGAUGAAUAGUUUAAUAUCUUAUGUGAAUGACCUUGGUGAACAAGUUUUAUCCUUAUCUGGUCAAUUGAAGCCAAUGUUAAAAACAUUAAAAGUUAUCCAUAAUCAUGUAAUACUUAAUAGUAUCACAGAUGCUAUUGCAACACCUCCUGCUUUACGAACUCCUGAAUCAUCUUCUAGUACACUAGCAGCAAAAAAAGUUUUGAUGUUCAAUGAUCAAAAUUUAAUGAAUUUGAAGCAUGAAUUAACUUCAAUUCGAUCUUUCUUACGUAAAAUGACAAUGACAAUGUACACACGAAGUGAAAUAUUAGCCGAAAAACAUUUAGAUGAUAAAGAUGAUCGACAUAUGACAAUAAUUCAAGGUUUAAAGAGUGGUUUCAAUUUGGAUGAUGAUGGUAUUGAAGCUCUUCAUGCGUCAUUGAAAGAAGCAAGACGUCAAUUAACACGAGAUGUACGAUAUUUAAAAGUUAUGAAACCAACAUCUGUAGAACAUGCAUCAACAAAAAAUAUUGAUCAAAAUCAGGAUGAACAUACGAUCGAACAAAACGAGGACGAUUCAACAGGUGUAAAUGAUACAUGA